AUGCUGGCUACAUCGAUUUGUCGUGAGGUGCACUUCACUGUGUUACCACAAAGUAAUAAGACGAUGAACGCCGCUGCCGCCGCCGCCGCAGCAGCAGCCGCAACCACAUCUCGUGUUUCACGUUGCUUAUUUGGAUCACCGAAUUCACGAGAAACCGCCGAUAUGCUUCAAGAGGCUCUUGAUAACGAAAGAAAGAGUUUCACUAGGCGAUGGGGCGUAGAUCCAUGUUCUGAAAAUAAAGAAAAUGAUUGCCGAUGGAAAUUCCACGAACAAAAUACGAAGAAACGAUCCAGCCCAUAUUCCAAGCAGACCAAUAUUCACGAUUAUUGGCGUGCUCGGAAGGCUGGAGAAAGUGGGAAGAAACCAUUAACAUCAUCGAGCGACAUAACAAAGCCGCAAAGUGUUGACCGAAGUCCACGACGAAGUCCACGAAGCCAUUAAAAUAAAGAAAUAAGGAAAGAAAGAAAGAAAGAAGAAAAAAGAAAAAAAAAAAAACAAGAAAAAAGAAAAAAAAAAUUAGUAAAUAAUUAAAUAAAUAAAUAAAUAAUUCAUUCGAAUCGUUAGACAAAUAAUAAUUCAACUUGAUAUAAUUUAUCACUAACUACUAAAUAACGUUUCCAAUACUAUCACUAUUAUUAUUAUUAUUAUUAUUAUUAUUAUUAUUAUUAUU